AUGCGCCCCUCGGCAUGUAUCGCGGCCGUCGCCUUCGCGGCAGCCGUCGCGAAUGCCCAGAUCUCUACUGCGCCAACACCCUUGGACAACAAUAGCAGCAGCACGCCCGCACCCGUGGUCGACGCCAACACGACGGCACCGUUGUUCACGCCAGCGCCGAUCGAUGGCGUGACAAGCACGCCCGUGCCGGUGCUGACGAACGCGACAGAAGCCCCGUCGACAGCACCGACACCGAUUGCGUCGCCGCCAAGCCCAGCGCCGAGUGUGACGACAACGCCAUUGGGUCCGACGGAAGCACCCGUGACGUUGCUGCCCACACCCAGCGCCACCAACGCGACAACGACAGACGCGCCAACGCCCACGACAGCUAACCCGCUACCGAGUGACCAGACCACCGUGCCGGCGCCGACAACGGACAGCCCACCACCAAGCCCAACGUCCAGCAACCCGACGCCGUCGCCUGCCACGUCGCCUGCCCCGUCGCCCACGACGGCUAGCCCAACGCCGAGCGACGCAACACCAGUGCCGUCGCCGAGCAACCCCACGUCUGCACCGUCUUCAUCGAGUCCGA